AUGUCAGACCUUUCAGGGUCACGUUCCCCGGUUCCUCCACCACCGCCGCCGCCUACGACAUACUCUAAUCGGGCCGCGAACGCGCUUGCUCGUAUUGCGCAGCCAUUCUUCUCAGGGUCGAGGCCUCCUAGCCCGCAGAACAGUCGGGGAAAUGGGGUUCGGCCGGUCAGAUCUAAAUCAUUGCCUGGGGAACCACAGACUGUCACCCAUCGCACCGGGAUUCCGAUCAUUGCCCUAGAUAUCUCCCCGCAAAGAACACACGCGGUCAUUGGAGGAAAAGAAAUCCUGAAGACUAUUCGCGUUUCACCCAACCAUUCAUCCGAGGAAUACAAUAUCCGCAAUGCGGUCAUUAGCUAUGCAUCUACCCAUCAUGAGUCGGGGACGGCGAUGACACAUAAGGAUCAAUUGAAUGUGAGGGACGUCAAAUGGUCACAUAGCAACUAUGAUCGAAUGAUCGCAACCGCGGUUGCCAAUGGUCGCAUCAUUCUCUACGACCUUCAUCGACCUGGUCUGCAGGCAUGCCGUUUUCAAGGCCAUAACCGGCAGGUUCAUCGACUGGCAUUCAAUCCGCAUCUUGCGUCAUGGUUGCUAUCGGGAAGUCAGGAUGGAACAAUCCGUAUGUGGGAUCUAAGAUCCGCGUCGGCGGAUCGAAGUUUGUCCACAUGUGGUAGCAAGGAGGUCUACCAAAGCAAUAGUGAUGCGAUCAGAGACGUUCGGUGGUCUCCUACGGAUGGUGUCAUGUUUGCGACUGCGUCUGAUAGUGGCGCCAUUCAGAUGUGGGAUUCUCGAAAGACGACUGCUCCGCUGCUGCGGCUUGCGGCUCAUGAGCGGCCUUGUUUCGCCGUAGAUUGGCAUCCCGAUGGGAAACACCUUGUGAGCGGGGGCACAGAUCGAUUGGUGAAAGUCUGGGACUUUUCACCCUCGGCAGACAGGCGGCAAAAACCUGCGUUCCAAUUUCGCACACCUCAAGCUGUCACCAACGUUCGGUGGCGACCCCCCUCAUUGUUCGGUGACUCUCCGAGCACGGGACAGUGGCAAUCGUCACAAAUAGUCACGACUUACGAUAAAGAAGAUCCCCGAAUUCAUCUUUGGGAUCUUCGUAGAGUCCAUGUUCCUUUUCGAGAGUUUGACCGGUAUGAUGUGCCGGCUGCGGAUUUGCUCUGGCACUCCAAAGAUCUACUCUGGACCGUCGGCGAAUCUGGAGUCUUUACGCAGACAGACGUCCGAUAUGCCCCUGCUGUGGUGAACCGUCGGCCCGUGUGCACUGCGGCGUGGAGCCCUAGUGGAGAAUUUAUAGCAUUUGGCCAAGCCCGGCCUAGACGACGUGCUUCGGGCCCAAACGCACCGGACUUCCUGAGGAUUGAUGAAGAACUCAGUAGCAACGGCGAAAAUUCGCUGAGUCAAAGCCCGGCUGACGAUGUUCUCGACUCAGUAGUUCUGGCCUCGUCCUUCAAGCCGCGUCAGUCAAAGCUAGCUGCUAUCAGACCAUCAAAAUCUCUAGGAAGUACUCCGCCAGGUGGGAUUGACAUGCUGCAUGUCUUGCCUCUCAAUGAGACCCUUCCUAAAAUGGCCGCUCUUCCUACUUGCAGCCAGAUAGGAACAGUGGGUUCUAUCCCUGGCGCGACAAACGAUGCGUCCACCUUUCGACAUUUGGCACGCCACUACUCGCCAAUACUGAAUGAAGAUGCCCAGAGUCAGAGUUCUACGGAGAUCUUACAUAUGUUGAUGAUGUCGCUCGAUAAGAAUGCCCAAUGUGCCGACAGCCUCUCGUUGACCAGACUUGCUCAGACCUGGCGGAUUGUCAAGUUCGCGAUCAUUCAGGAGUUACAGCGACGAGCGAGGGGAAGCCAUUCCGGAAAAGCAGGAAUGAGGGGCAAGACGUCCAAAGAUGGUUUAGUGAUGAGCUCGCGUGUUGUGGACCACGAACGGUCAGGCAAGAUGAAGAGCCGGCUUUUCAAAGGCGUGAUGCAGACCGAGGGUCAACGAGUUCUCGUGAAUGAGGUCGAAAGCACAUCAAACAUGACCACGCCCCUUGCACAGCCAUUGCCUGACACUCCGCAGGAGUCAUGGGGCAGCAGCACCGACUCCCAAAUUCCCUCUCUCAGCGAAAGUGGGAUUGAUCUUGAUCCGCUUCCGCCCUCGGUCCUGAGCUCGCAGAACGGUUGGAGCAUGCCAAAUAGCGAACCCCGCUCUACUCGUGACCCUCUUAGUUCACAUCGUGAGCAAUCCCUGUCUAGCAAUGACACCAAUCAGUCCGCAGCUGGCCUUGAUCAGCGACUUCGCGAUCCGUUGCAACCUGAGCUCGACGAUGAGCAAAGGUCAGCACCUCGAGCAAUUGCGGGCCGAUCGGACUGGCACACUCGCAUCAACAGAGAGUUCCCUCCCGAUGCAAAUGACGAUGACUUUGAUCAGAACCUGGAGCACAAGCGGGCUGCUAUCAGUAACUACAAACAGUAUCCAAAGAAGGUUUUGACCCUGGAAACUCCAAUAGAGACUGACCGUCCACCGGCUGAGGGCUACAUGAGGCGUGAUUCUUCCGAGAGCUUUUCAAUGUUCUCUGCAUCGACAGAUGGUUCCCACGCGUCAAAAUCGAUCGCCGCCUCAUUCCCUUCGAACUCGCGUAUCCCGGAUGCUCGGGUGUCGGAUGGUAGUCAGGCUGGCUCCUUCGCCGGUCGGUCUGUCGCUGGAGCUCGGAAGGAGCCCUACCUAGAAACCUCCCCCGAAGAGCCUGAGGAUCUGACCGAUCCUGAUGAGUUGGACGUUGAAGAGGAUCAACGAACUCAUCUAGAGCGUCCAUCUACUCCGCCGACACUGGUCACUGAAUCCACGCCCUUGAGCCACUCACACCUCGAGAGCAAACAAAUUUUCCCUCGCAGUGAUGGGGUGGUUAAUCUCUCUUCUUUGCCUGGAAUAGCAGGUAUCUACACAGAUCUCUCUCAGGUCAAGUUUCCUCUUGUGCCAGACAACACCGAGUCCAUGCCAUGGAGUGUUGCGGCGAUUUUGACGGAGGCGAUUCGACACUACCAUAGUACAAGCAAUGCUGUUGACAUUCAGACGGCUGCUCAUUUACUUCAUAAGUUGCAUGUUCUAUACGAAAGCUGCGAGGAAAUAUUCCCAUACGAAGAGAGUGAAUUGAUUUACAGAACGUACAACGAGCACCUCGUCCGGCACUCCAUGGAGAUACAGGCUGCAGAGUUACGAUUGUCUUGUGUGCCGACCUACCCUGGGGUUUAUGAUUAUGCACAAGCAGAUACGUUCAUCAAUGUCUUCUGUUUCACGUGCCAGCGGCCAUACGAAAAUCCACGACGAGAUAAUACACGCUGCCACCGCUGUGAUACUCGCCAAGCGCCUUGUCCGAUUUGCCUCAGUCUUGAGCCCCCGGAAGAGUGGACUGAGGCCUAUCUUGAUUGGAACUCAUCUUCUGGUCAGACAAGCACCGUCACAGCUUCUUAUGCUUCAUCUGUGAAGUCGUACCAGUCGGCCGCCACUGAGCCUCUCCCUACAUCCGAUAUCGCUGAUUUCAAAACCACCAAUCCCCAAAACGCACGGCUUUGGCUGUGGUGUCAAGGGUGCGGACACGGGGGUCAUACAGCCUGUAUCACGCUGUGGCUACGCGACGUCUCGAUGAGUGAUGGUGGCUGUGCCACACCUGGGUGUUGGCACGAUUGCGGCCCGGGUCCGCGGCGUGAGUUCAACCGCCAGAUGCUCACCGCGGCCACAAAGCAUCGAGACUCGACGAGCCGCUUGUCAGGCGGGGUGACUUCUCAAAAUGAAAAGCGGCCUAGUGGUGAAAGCCGCACGUUGCAUAAGGUUCGCGGGAUGCUCGGUGCGGCAGGGGUCGCAGCCACUAGUGGUUCUGGUCAUGGCUCACCGGUAUCUGGUGCUCUUUCUCCCAAGAAGGUGCGUGUGCUCACUCCAAACGAGCAGGGCAGACGCAAGGAACCCUCUGGGCGAGCUACCGCCCCGCAGUAG